GAAAUUUUGGUCAGUAUUUCUUCUACGGGUGACGUGUAAGGAAAAGGCGACCGUAAUUUGUCCAUUGCUCAAAACCUCGUAGUUAUAUGAGAAGUCAAAGACUACAGGAGCGACAUGUUGACGAAAUUUGAAACCAAAUCAGCCCGUGUUAAAGGGUUGACAUUUCAUUCUAAAAGACCAUGGGUGUUAGCAAGCUUGCACAAUGGUGUCAUUCAACUUUGGGAUUAUCGUAUGUGCACUCUCCUGGAAAGAUUCGAUGAACAUGACGGACCAGUAAGAGGUAUAGAUUUUCAUGAACAUCAACCAUUAUUCGUGUCAGGUGGAGAUGAUUACAAAAUCAAGGUUUGGAAUUAUAAACAAAAGAAAUGUAUUUUCACUCUACUUGGUCAUCUGGAUUACAUCAGAACAACAUUCUUUCACCAUGAAUACCCAUGGAUAGUCAGUUGCUCUGAUGAUCAGACUAUCAGAAUUUGGAAUUGGCAAUCACGAAAUUGCAUUGGAGUACUGACUGGUCACAACCACUAUGUCAUGUGUGCUCAGUUUCAUCCAUCUGAAGAUUAUCUUGUCUCUGCUUCACUUGACCAAACAGUGAGAGUAUGGGACUUUGCAGGUUUGCGUAAGAAGUUUGUUUCUCCUGGAGCAAAGGUGUCAGAGGAUACUUCACCAAAACAACCUGGCCAAAUGGAUUUAUUUGGAACUGCUGAUGCUAUUGUUAAACAUGUGCUUGAGGGCCAUGACCGUGGUGUCAACUGGGUUGCUUUUCACCCAACUAUGCCGCUUAUUGUUUCUGCUGCUGAUGAUAGACAAGUUAAGCUGUGGAGAAUGAACGAAUCCAAAGCAUGGGAAGUGGAUACAUGCAGAGGCCAUUACAAUAAUGUUUCAUCAGUCUUGUUUCAUCCUCGCCAAGAGCUUAUAUUAAGUAACUCUGAGGACAAAAGUAUUCGCGUCUGGGACAUGUCCAAAAGGACUGGUGUACAAACUUUUCGGAGAGAGAGUGAUCGAUUCUGGAUAUUAGGAGCUCAUCCCACUUUGAAUUUGUUCGCUGCAGGUCAUGAUAGUGGUAUGAUAGUGUUUAAACUGGAAAGGGAACGACCUGCUUAUGCUGUCCACUUGAAUACGCUUUAUUAUGUCAAGGAACGUUAUUUAAGAAUGUAUGAGUUUGGAACAUCUAAAGAUAUCCCCGUUAUGCAGUUCAAAAAGGGAUCUGGUCGCCCAUCUCCUGUCAAUCUUAUAUUUAAUCCCGCAGAAAGAUGCAUUUUGUUGACUUAUAGCACAGCUGCGUCUGGAAAUGCAGAAAAUCAAAUUUAUGAGUUACAUGCCAUUCCAAAAGAUAUUAGAUCUUCUGAUCCCGAGGUCUCAGAAGGUAGACGUUCAGCAGGACUUGCUGCAGUGUGGGUAGCUCGAAAUAGAUUUGCAGUCCUUGAUAAGCAACAAAAUGUUGUUAUCAAAAAUUUAAAAAACGAAGUGACAAAAAAAGUCCAAGCACCAUCUUGCGAUAUGAUCUUUUAUGCUGGUACUGGAAGUUUGUUGUUGCGUGAUUCUGAACAGAUUAUGCUCUUUGAUGUGCAACAAAAGAGGGUUAUGGCGACAGUGAAGAUAUCAAAAGCCCGCAAUGUGAUCUGGUCAUCUGAUAUGACAUACGUAGCCAUAAUUGCAAAACACUCAAUUGCAAUUUGUAACCGCAAAAUGGAGAACUUGUGCACUGUUCAUGAAAGCGUAAAAAUAAAGAGUGGAGCCUGGGACGAUUCUGGUGUUUUUGUUUACACAACCAGCAACCAUAUCAAAUACACUCUAACCAAUGGUGACAGUGGUAUCAUCAGGACGUUGGACUUACCAAUAUAUAUUACCAGAGUGAAGGGCAGCAGUGUCUAUUGUUUGGAUAGGGAAUGCAAGACAAAGGUACUAAAUAUUGACCCUACAGAAUUUAAGUUCAAACUAGCUUUAGUUAACCAUCGUUAUGAUGAAGUUUUGCAUAUGGUACGAAAUGCAAAGUUGGUUGGACAAUCUAUCAUCUCGUAUCUUCAAAGAAAGGGAUAUCCUGAAGUUGCCUUGCAUUUUGUGAAAGAUGAAAAGACACGUUUUGGUUUGGCUGUUGAAUGUGGCAAUCUUGAAAUUGCUUUGGAAGCUGCUAAAUCUUUGGAUGAUAAAGUGUGUUGGGAGAAAUUAAGUGAAAUGGCUUUGUUGCAAGGAAAUCACCAGGUUGUGGAAAUGUGCUACCAAAGAACGAAAAACUUUGACAGACUCUCUUUCCUUUACUUAACAACUGGCAACAGCGAAAAAUUGCGAAAAAUGUUAAAAAUAUCUGAAAUCCGUAAAGAUGUGAGUGGACAAUUGCACAAUGCUUUGUACUGUGGCGACGUUGAAGAAAGGAUAAAAGUUCUAAAGCAAGUUGGCCAAGGUUCAUUGGCUUAUUUAACUGCAGCAACCCAUGGUUUGGCAGCAGAAUGUGAAGAAAUUAAAGAAAUUUUUAAUCUUGACCCAGAAAAGCUGCCAGCUAUAAAUCCAAAUGCAAAGUUAUUACGCCCACCGGUGCCAAUCUUACAAAAUGAAGGAAAUUGGCCUUUACUAACAGUCAGCAAGACUCUAUUUGAAGGAGCUGCUUCCAUGAAAGACACUGGGGCAAGCAAUAUGGCAGCAGACAUCGGCGGCAUGGAUGCUGAUGGUGAAGGUUGGGGAGAUUCUGACCUUGUGCUGGACGAAGAUGCAGGAUUUGGAGAUCCUGAAGAGAAAUUAGAAAUUGAUGAAGAAGGUGGUGGUUGGGAUGUUGGAGAUGACGAUUUGGAGCUACCUGCUGACCUGGAUAUUGGACCAAUGCCAUCCGGAGGAGGUGAAGAUUACUAUGUUCCACCCACAAGAGGUAACAGUCAAGCACAAGUAUGGGUAACGAACUCUAAAUUAGCUGUUGAUCAUCUUUUGGCUGGAUCUUUCGACUCAGCUGCUAGGCUACUUAACGAACAACUUGGUGUAGUUGACUUCGAACCGUACAAACAGCUCUUUAUGCUAGCCUAUUCCAGAGGAAGGGCUGCUGUCAGUGGGCUACCUUCAACACCAAGCUUAUAUACCUUCCCUCACCGAAACUGGAGAGAAGCAGGUGCCAAGGCAGGAUUUCCGGCAGUUGGUUUAAGACUAAACGAUUUAGUCCAGCGCUUACAGACUGCUUAUCAACUCACAACAGGUGGUAAAUUUCUCGAAGCGACUGAAAGGUUGCAUAACAUUUUAUUAAGUAUCACAUUACUUGCGGUAGAAAACAGGCAAGAAAUAACAGAGGCACAACAAUUACUUUCAAUCUGUCGGGAAUAUUUAGUUGGUUUAAAAAUGGAGUUAAAUAGAAAAGAAUUACCAAAGCAAACACCUGAACAACAAAAAAAAGUCUGCGAGAUGGCAGCAUACUUCACACACUGUAACCUACAGCCAAUUCAUCUAAUAUUAACGUUACGUACAGCUCUAAAUUUAGCGUUUAAGAUAAAAAAUUUUAAGAUAGCAUCUUCAUUUGCGCGACGCUUGUUGGAGCUUGGACCUAAACCCGAAGUGGCUCAACAGACACGAAAGAUAUUACUAGCAUGCGAUAAAAAUCCUACAAAUGCUGUUCAAUUUGAUUACGAUGAAUUAAAUCCAUUUUCAAUAUGCGCAGUGUCUUAUACACCUAUCUACAGGGGAAAGCCUGAAGAAAAGUGUCCUUUAUGUCAAGCGUCAUACAAACCUGAAUACAAAGGAACUACAUGUACCAUAUGCAAAGUAGCGGAAAUUGGACGACCUGGUUCAGGUUUGAAAAUAAGCAUGUCACAGUUCAGAUAAACACAGUGUAACAUCAGAAUAAAAUAUAUACGACAUGCGUUGUCAACAUUAAAUGAUUCUUGACUGAUGGGCCGUUAUCUCGUGUGUAGGUUAAUCGAAGCAUACCUAGAAUAAAUUAUAUUUUUUAGUAUUUUAUGAAUGGAAUUUAUUCCGACCUCUUUCGUCUAACUCAGGGAAAUGAAGUAUCAGAAGAGUUUCACCUUUAAAUCGACCGUCUUUAGUAAUACUCUGAUUAAAUCUGUUUUCCAGGAAUGAAUUUCGUACAGUUUAUUUUGUGGUAGAUAUUGUAUUCGUGAUGAAUAAAUUAGAUUUAAAACGUUA